GAUAUAGGCUUUCCAUCUUAUUACCACAAAAGUGCAUGCAACAAUGCGGAUGUUAAAUCUGUGAUUAUUCAAGGAGCUUCCUGUAAAAAAAUUCCUGAAAAGCUUAUCGAAUUCUUCCCAAACAUGGAGUCAUUAGAAUUGAACAAAACGGAUAUAACAGAACUUGACAAAGAAUCAUUGAUUAAAUUCAAAACAUUAAAACGAUUUGCAAGCAUUGGGAAUAAGAUUACAAUUUUAAAUGGCGAUUUGUUUGAUGAAUUUGAGAAUUUAGAGUGCAUCCAAUUUGAGUCGAGCACUUUACUUCUUGUAGAUCCAUUAAUUUUAGAUGGUCUAGACAACUUGAAGCAUGUUGAAUUUACAGGCAGUGCUAAAUACAAUCUACUUCACUACUCUGUAUACGAUGGACAACUAUCGUUUAAAACCACUGAUAAAAUUAAGAAGCAUUUAUUAGAUCAGUUUACAAAAUUCAAGUAUGUGAAAGGUUUGCAAGAAACAGUUGAUUUAUUGAGUCUCGAGGAACAGGAAAACGAGGAUGAUCAAGAAGAAGAAGUAGAAGACCUAAAUCCAUACAUUGGUUUGUUUGCUGACAUCAAAAGGGUGUUGCAGGAUGAAAAAUUGAAAGACUUGACAAUCAACAUCAAUGAUCGCAAAUGGCGUGUUAAUAAAUUUGUUAUGGCUAUUCGAAGUCCAUUUAUCGCUAAGCUAUUGCAAGCUAGACCUUCUGUUGAGGAACUAAACUUUGAUGAUAUUCCUAUUGAAACUUUUGAAAAGAUCCUGGAAUUUAUAUACACAAAUGAACUUCCAGAAGACACUAACUUCAUGCAUCUAUUUGCUGCUGCUAGUAAAUUACAAAUUUUGAGUCUUAAAGUUUAUGCUGAAGCUAACAUUUACAAUGAAAUCGAUGGCGAUAAUGCAAUUGAUGUUUUUAGUCUGGGCCACAAAUGUGAUAGCAAUGAUCUAAAAGUAAAGGCUUAUGAAGAAGUUAAGAAAAAAUACGAAGUAUUUGAUUUUAAGGAUGAAUGGCUAGCAGAUAGUGAUGGAUUAAAGAAGAUUUUGGAAGGUUUUAAGAAGCAAGAAGACGAAUUGUGGAAGUUCAGAAUGCAAUUUGAGAGAAUGAUAAGUGAAGAUCGCGAAAAUUUGGAGUUUUAAUUUGUUUAUGUGUAAUUUAAUUUUGUUCUGUUAAACAUUAAAUUAAAAAUUAUAAAUUGUGUCGUAAAUUGUGUUAAUAAAUCUGUUAUAAAUUAGUUGCAAGUUGAACGAAAAUAUGACAAAUUUUUGCAAAAUAUAACAGCC